CAUCAACACAAAUUGCACCGGUGCAGCAAGCGGGCGUUAUCAGUGUAACAGCAAUCGCGUUGUUGAUUUUGGGGCCGCACCUUGGAUGAUGUUGUCAGAGCUGCUUCACAACUGGAGCAGUGGUUGGGUAGCUUAUUCGCUGGGCAGCCAUCAUUAACCCGAACCAGCUAGGCGAUUCUUGCCCUCGCUUUCUGGAUAGCUGCAUAAAUUCCCACAUGCCGUAAUCCUCGCAUUACAUAAACGACUUUUGUAUUUUUCUGGCGGUGGGGGCCGAAAAAAAUUCUUGUAAUGGGAUAUCCACUUCUUUGCAUAUCCAAAAAUCACCAGCUUUCUCUACAAAAAGGGCCAGCCUCUCGAAAAUUUUCCCAACCAGCGCUUUCUCACAAGGCCGGCAAUUGAUCUCCUUGUCGCGGGUCAUAUUAUGGCUGAUUUUGCCGAUAAUGACAUCCAGAAGCUCCUACAGCAAGCCGAGCAGCGUCUCAGCGGUGGUCGUGUAGUCGCCGAGGAAGCUUCAACAGCUUCGACGGCGGCCAAGCCAGUAGGAGAGGAUGUUGUCCAGGCUGCAGCUCCCACGCCAGAGCUGGCACAAGUCCGCGUGCCACAACCAAAGAUGGAUGCACAGCGGAAGGGUAAGAACACAGCAGGGGCUGAUUGGUUUGAUCUUCCCAAAACCAACAUGACGCCAGAGUUCAAGAGAGACUGGCAGCUUCUGCGCAUGCGAAAUGUCCUAGACCCUAAACAGCAGAGAAAAACACUACGAGCCAGCGCUCCUGUAUAUUCGCAGGUGGGCAAGGUCAUUGCCAGCCCAACCGACCCAUACAGCGCCAGACUUGGUCGUAAGGAGAGAAAGCAAACACUACUAGAGAGCGUCAUGUCCGUGCAUAAUGACAACAAGCUCGCGUCCAAAUACUCCACCAUCCAGGAGAAGAAGAGAGAAGGACGCAAGGCAUUCUACAAAUCAGUAGUUGCCAAACGACGACAGAGGAACUAAAGGCCCAAGACCUAAUCUUGAAAUGAUACCCGGACAAUAAUGGAGUUUUCAUGUAGUUGACACACGCUACCCAUGGUUGAAAAGUUUAGCAAAAAAAUGAAUAAAAGAUCAGUAAUGCUAUUUCCGAGUCUC